AUGGUUUGGACUGACAACGUGGACUUGAUUGCAUGGCUCGUGCCAUUUUCGGGCAUUUUUACGAUGCUCAGUACUGAAGUUAUGGCCUGCAUGAACCAUUUCAACUGUGCCGACAAUUAUCCAACGUUAUCAUAUGCUGCAACAUUUCAACCAGAAGGUUACGUCUUUAUGGGAGGAAUGUGUUUGACUGCCAUCUUUAUCUGUGGAUCCGAUAUGCUCUUCUUUUGGUAUUUACGUCUCCUACGAAACCAGAAAGCACCAUUUAAAGACAUUAGUACUAAUCAAGUGGUCAUGGGGUACGGAUGUGUCGUGUUUGGAACGAUUUCCGCCAUUUCACUCAUUGGCUUGGCUGUCCUGGAUAUGCAAAAAACGUCUGUACCUGCAGAUGGAAGCAAAACUAUUGCUGGGAAAGUGUCGACAAGUGAGAGUCUUUGGAUCAUAUUGCGUCGUCGAUCCUUUUGGUUAGCUCUACGUCGCUGGAGACGAUUGGAUUGUUUUACAGCCUACACACUUGGUCGUUUCCUGGUCCAUGCUGGACUGGUAUCUACAUUUUUAUUUGGUGUGUUUUUCCUGUGCGCGAACGACGUGUGGCCGAACCCUUUGGGUUUUACUGCGGUUCAAGAAGCUUUCUUCGAAGCUUUUACGAUUGUAUGCCAGCUUCUUUUCAUGGGAACACUUUCGUGCGAGUUAGCACACCUAGCACGACUUGUUGAACACAGUGACUGCAUGGAGCUCGAGAGAUGUGAAUAG